GAUGCUGAUGUUGAUGACUUGGGACGUUUGUUGAAAAUUUUAGAAAGAUCUGUUCGAGAAGUCGAAACACUAGAUUUAUUCCCACGUGAUUAUAUGGCGUCUUCUAAAUCAAAUAAUAGAUCCCAAAAUAAAGUCUCUGAUUCAAUGAGCGUAGACGAUGACUCCAUGGAUGAGGAUGAUAAAUGUAUUGACUCUCAUUUACGAAAAGUUGAAGAAAAGAUUAGUAAAAUAAUUAACGGGAUUGAAGCUGCUACUGCUGCAUUCAUUAUUAUGACUGGUGGUAAUUUGAGUAAGCAGCUCUAUCCGGAAGAUCUAAUCACGUCGAGUCUUAAUCUUGUAAAAAAUCAACUUGUGGGUGUGAUCUAUCGUAUAUUUGAAAUGAACAUAUCGGAAGAUGCAUUAAACA